UGUCAGCAUUGGCUUAUUUUUUUAAAACAUCGUGUGAUUGGAUAAUUCCCAAAUCAACUCAUUAGUUCAGCUGCGGUUCGUUAUCUCGAUUCACGUUAAACAACAUUUGCAGGCUGGAGCAGCAUCAUGAGAGAAAAUUCGGUUUUGUCUUUACAAAAAAAUGCUUUUACAAAGCGUUCACUUGAAGAAAAAAAGAGGAUAAAGGAGCUUGGACCGGAUCGUCCCAAUUUACAUAUUCAGCAACAGGCAAGUGAUCGAGGACGAUCCUACACCCGGGCUUUUUCCAGCUCUUCCUACGACAAGCGGAGUUGGCUAGCUGGAUGUGAUGUAAGCAAUGCCUUUUACUGCUUUCCGUGUUUGCUAUUUAAAAGUUCUGGCACGGAGGAAUUGUGGACAACUACUGGAGUAAGAGACUUAAAACAUCUUUCAGAAAAAUGCAAACGGCACGAAAACAGCCGCAGCCACUUAGACAAUGCUAUGAAGCUAAGUUUUUUGGGGAAACUUAGCAUUGCUCAACAACUAGAUGAAGGCUACAGGAUUGCUGUUAGAAGGCACAAUGAAGAGGUGACAAAAAAUCGGCACAUUCUCUCUAGAAUAAUAGAUUGUGUUAAAUUUUGUGGAGCAUUUGAACUGGCCUUGCGUGGCCAUGAUGAAAGUAAAAGCUCGGAUAAUCCCGGCAUCUUUCGUGGGUUGGUGGAUUUUGUUGCUUCUCUUGAUGGAGUGCUAAAAGAACACCUUGAGAAUGCUACUGUGUUUAAGGGAACUUCGAAAACCGUGCAGAAUGAACUGCUGGACUGUAUGUUUUCUGUUUUGAGGGAGCAUAUUAUCAAAGAAGCCCAGAGCAGUGAUUUUCUUUCAAUCCAGGCAGACGAGACAGUGGAUAUUGCCACGCAGUGCCAACUUGUGCUUGUACUACGUUAUAUCGAUGCCAAAAACACUGUUCAGGAAAGGUUUUUUGAAUUUGUCCCUCUGCAGUCGGCUACAGCUGAUUCCAUUGCUACAGCCCUAAAAGAACGUCUUUCAACUAUUCUUCCUGAGGAUCAAAAGGCUAAGCUCAUCUGCCAGGCAUAUGAUGGAGCCAGCGUGAUGCGAGGUGCCACUGCAGGUGUUCAGAAGAAGAUACAAGAUGUGUACCCAAAUGCCCACUACAUCCACUGCUAUGCACAUCAGCUGAAUCUAAUAAUGCAACAGGCUACUUCUCACAUAACCAAAGUAAGAAUAUUUUUUUCUAACCUUAAUGGAUUUACCAGCUUUUUUUCCAGAUCAUCCAAGCGCACAAGUGUUCUUGAUAAAGUUGUGGCCCACAGACUACCAGCAUCCAGUAACAUCAGAUGGAACUUUCACAGCCGUGUCAUCAAUACUGUGUUUGAUCACAGAGAGGACCUUAUCCGCUGUUUUGAAUGCAUACAAGACUCUGGUGACUUUGACCCCAUUACCGUCAGAGAGGCUGGAGCAUUUGCCAUGCUCCUGGAGGAUCAGGAUUUUAAGUUCUUUCUGCAACUUUUCCACCAUAUCAUGCCUCAUGUGGACCUCCUCUAUGCCAAACUCCAGAAGAAGGUCAUAGAUUCAGUCUGUAUCCAGAAGAGCAUCCAGCAGUUCCAAGAGGACAUUCAAAAGAUCAGAAAUUCUCUUCACUCUAUGGUUGGACAAAGCAGUGUAGGUAGCAGUCAGCCAGUAAAGAGGCGUCGGACACUCAGUGUAGAAGACCACGAAAGGAUUGCUGCAGAAGUCUGUGAUAUCAUACUGGGACACACCAGGGAGCGCUUUUCCUUCACGAACCACCUUGUUAGUGCCACACUCCUGCAGGGGGACAGGUUUGAACAAUACAACACAGCAUUUCCUGAAGAUGCACUGAGCAACACUUUAAAAGCCUAUCCAGUGCUUAAUGGAGGUAAGCUGAAGACAGAGCUUAGUCUCAUCUACAGCAAGGAAGAGUUCAAAGCAUGUUGUGGUGCUGUGGGCCUACUCCAGCUGUUUAUGGAAAAUAACCUAGAAGAAGUCUUUUCAGAAACUGUCACACUCCUGAAGAUACUCAUCACCACACCCAUGACCACAGCAGAAGCUGAAAGGUGCUUUUCGACUCUGAAAAGAAUUAAGACUUUUCUGAGAAACUCAAUGACUCAGGACAGGCUGAAUGCAUUGGCCAUGUUGUCAAUGGAGAAAACACUGGUCACAGAGAUGACUGAUUUUAAUAAGAAUGUAAUUGAGAAAUUUGCAGGCCAGAAGGAAAGAAGGGCAAAAUUCAUGUUCAAAUAGUGCUAUUUUUUAAGAUCCGUUUUAUGUUUUUUUUUUUUUUUUUUUUUUUUUUUUUUUUUUUUUU